CUUGAUCUUUGCUGGUUUCAUUGUACCAUGUUACUCAUUGGUUUCCUCCGUUUGUCUUGUUGUCGUUCAGAAUCGGCCUCGAAUUCGGCCAGUGUUGCACCUUCCUUCUGUCUUUAAUGACUCUGAUCGUUCGCCUUGGUUGACUUGCACUCCUACUCUUCUUCCCAGUCCUCUCUCUACCUUUUCACUCAUAUGACUGUCAUUCUCUCUCUUUACUAUCUCUCACAGUCAUUUAUCGUGAUGGCCUCCUCGCCUGAUCUAUGACUGUUCAAGUUUUGUGACGCACCCUUCAAUGUCUCUUCCUUGAGAACAACUACUCUUUCCUUCUCAACAGUAUUUGGUCCGCACCUCGUUCAGUCGUUCUCUCGAUACAAUCACAAUCAUGUCUAGAACGUCCUUGCUCAACCUGGGCCUUUUCAAUCGGAAACCAAAACCUGCCUCGGUCGAUCCCCCGCCUUCUGAUAAUGCCGUUGGUGAAAAACCAAACAGCGUCGACGACCUUCCUGGCUCAUCCCGUCCUUCUCAAAAUCAAACCUCCCUUCUUCCUCGCCACAACCAUAACGGUCACAGGGUCACACCUCAUAUCCACCCUGAUGGAGAAAGCGGUCGAAAAGGUAUACACCCUAUGCAGUGCUUAAAGAUCAUCAUGAAGUCUUCUUGUCGAGCCUCGAUGGCCGUCAACGUCCUCUGGCCCUUUGUUCCUGCAGCGAUUGCCUUGCAUUUCGUCCAUGGAAGUCACCAUCUCUGGACCUUUGCCAUCAGUUACAUAGCCAUGGUGCCAUGUGCCAACCUUCUGGGAUUCGCCGGCCAAGAAUUCGCUAGGAAGCUUCCUCGCGUCGCAGGCGCCGUCCUCGAGACAUGCCUAAGCUCGGUCGUCGAGAUCAUCCUCUUCAUGGUCUUGAUUGCCAAAGACAACGGUACAGGGGAAAUUGGGCACGGGAGUAAGAUCGCCGUGAUUCAGGCGGCAAUACUGGGUUCCAUCCUGACAAAUCUCUUGUUAUGCCUCGGAUUCUGCUUCUUGGUAGGAGGAAUGCGACACAAAGAACAAAAGUUCCACCCCAUUAUCAGUGAAGUUGGGUCAGGAUUGAUUCUUGUCGCCGCCUUUGCCCUCAUGAUCCCUAGUGCCUUCUUUUCUUCCUUGAUCGGCACCACGGUCGCUCAAGGUGAAGGUUAUACAGAGGACCAACUGCGGCGUGAUACCCUCAACAUCAGUCAUGGCGUUGCCAUUAUUCUGAUUGUGGCAUUCAUCUUGUUCAUGGUCUACAACUGCGUCUCUCAUGAUAACAUCUUCAAUGAAGUAUGGAACAAUGACGAGUUGGCAGAUCGCGACAGAGACGCAGACCUAGAAAGGCCAAAAGUGACCCUAGCCGAAGCUCUGCUCGCAAUCCUAAUUGCCUUGGUCUUUGUCUCACUCAUGGCAGUAUUUCUGGUCGAGGAAAUCGAGUAUGUGGUGGAGCAUGGUGUGCCAGACUUUUUCCUGGGUUUGAUUCUUGUGCCACUAGUGGAAAAGGCAGCAGAGCACAUCACGACAGUUGACGAAGCAUAUGACAAUCAGAUUAACUUCGCACUAUAUCACUGUUUGGGCCCUUCGAUUCAGACGGCUCUUUUCAACGCCCCUUUGGUGGUCAUCGUUGGAUGGGGCUUAGACAAGCCAAUGGACCUGAACUUUGAGAUCUUCAUGGUUGUGCUUCUUGUCCUUUCGAUCUUGGUCGUGGGCAACUUCUUGAGGGAUGGAUCUUCCAACUAUCUUGAAGGGGCUUUGCUGGUGAUUGUUUACAUUAUCAUUGCUUUGACGGCAUACUACUAUCCCAACCCGCAUUUGACUUCGUCCAAUGGACGUGGUCCGGCGGAUGAAUGAUAGGGGCCAUGAGUACAGGUACUCAAGGUCUUUAGGAACACGCACCCGGGUUUCACCACCUACGGAGGAGAAGACUCUUGUGGCAACCAUGUGAAGCCGAUGUUGACUUAAUUGGGAAGAUUUGUGGCUUCUGGUCAUGCAUCAUUACGACAUGCUCAAGGUCAAGGCCCACCACCUGAUACCCAAGUUCAGGGUCUGGACACUCGCCAGGGUGCACAGUCAGCUUGAAGGACCAACAUUGAAUAAACGCUUGCCUGGGCUGUUUCCCGAGAGAAGAGAAUAUCUGGCGUGAUUGCAUUUACAUCGCAAUGGAUCUCCAGGAAAUACACUGUCAAAGUCAAAAGGACCAUCAUAUAACUAUGGCAGUACUCACUAAAGAUAGCUGUCCAUAUCUGGUUGACAAAGGCUAGUGGAAGA